GUGGUCUUCUAGAAAAUAUAAGUGCGUUUUACGUUCGCACAACAUUUCACGGAGAUCGUUAAAAAGAUGUGGAUUAAAACAGACUUAUUCUCAGCGGUUGUGUUAUUAUGUGUUAUUGUGCAACAUAAUGCAACUCAUGGGAAAAGGAUAUUAGCUAUAGUGAACCUUCCAUCAGCUAGCCAUCACAUAUCCUAUCGUGGUCUAUUUUUGGAAUUAAAUAGACGAGGCCACGAAAUCGUGUCGGUCACUACACAUCCGAUGAAGAAUUCUUCGUUAACAAAUUACACGGAAAUCGAUUUAUAUAAUUUGCGCAAUGUAAUCGCAGCUAAAUACCAUGAAUGGGGAAAUGUGACAACAUUGAUCAUGAACUUGCCGUAUCUAUACCAAGAACGAAUUUUAUGGGAAGCGGCUAACUUCAUGAAUUACGAGCUUUUCGUACAUCCGGAGAUCAAGAAGUUGUAUGCAGCUAACAGCAACGAACAAUUCGACGCGGUUAUAAUAGAGCAAGGUGUCAACCCGUCACUGAACGCCUUCGCAUAUAGGUUUAAGGCGCCUCUCAUAGGUAUCUCGAGUUUAGACGUGUACAAUCAAGUGCGCUACAUGAUGGGAGGCCUUGUUCUACCUUCGCAUCGUUCCUCUUGGCAAACCAACAUGCAAGGUAACAUCGAAAGUAACAUGUCGUUCUGGGAUAGACUCGUCAACUUUUGUGAGGUGUGGUAUCAAAUAUAUAAUUGGAUGAACGUGCGCAUCCCCUUGGAGGAUGCUCUUGUGAGGAAGUACUUGGGGGAGGGCAUACCGUCCGUCGCAGACCUAUCGAGAAACAUAAGCUUGUUCCUCGUCAACAGGCACCCGACAAUUGCAAUUCCUAGGCAGGAACAAUCGAACGUCGUGUUUUACCACGGUUUUCACAUAAAACGAGUACUGCCCGCUCUGCCAAACGAGUUGAAACAAUACCUCGACAACGCGAAGAACGGUUUCAUUUACGUCAGCUUGGGAACUAAUGUCGUGUGGAAGGAACUACCGCCAAACAUAUUCAACUCCUUCGUCGAAGCGCUCGCCUCGCUACCGUGGAAGGUUCUGUGGAAAAAUAAUCCCGACAUAAUGCCCAGGAAAUUUGAAAACAUACUCGUGUCGAAGUGGUUCCCCCAACAAAGCAUCCUCGCUCACCCGAACAUCAAGCUGUUUAUUUACCAAGGCGGUCUUCAGAGCACCGAAGAAACCAUUUACCACGGAGUUCCGAUUAUAGGAUUUCCCGUGAUAUGGGAUCAGAAACAUCAAGUGCGACAUAUCGUAAAACUAGGUAUAGGCUUACAAUGCCAGAUUACAAAUAUCUCGAAAGAGGAUAUCGUAGCCGCUGUGCACGAAGUCAUAAGCAACAAGAGAUACAAAGAGCGGGUAAAAGAGCUGAGUAAGCUCUACACUGACAUACCCUAUGACAGCCUUCAGAAUGCGGCAUGGUGGGUCGAGUACGUGAUGCGUCACAAUGGAAUAACUAAUUGGCAAGACGAGAUCGCCGACGAGCCGUGGUAUCAACGAUACGACUGGGACGUCAUCAGUUUCCUCGCCGUAACUGCGUUUACAACGUCCCUUAUUUGUCUAUACGCAUUACUUCAAAUUUUACAUCGUAUUUACUAUCGAUUAUUCCGCAAUGAAACAGAGUUUUACUAUGUCACUAAACCGAAAAGCCAAUAAACCCCUUCCAUGCGCAGUAAUAACAAUUUAGAAAGAAAUAAUAAUUUGAAAUAUACACGGUACAGUUCAAAAGUCCCCGAACUGAAUUUUUUACCGGUCUCCUAUCACCAACUCUAUCUACCGAGUUACGAUUGAAUUAUAUAGUUGAAACCGUUUCCGACGAGAGUGCAAAUUGGUGUAAUUGCAGUUGUUGUGACAAUUAAAUUUUGCUAUAGAGACGAUUUUUCGGCUACAAAGACUGUGAGACUGAUUCAGAGGACUUACGGUGAUGCAGCGUUAAGUCGAAUAAUAAUUUUUGAGUGGUACAAACGAGAAAGUAGAGAGUCAGUGAAGGACGACCAAUGCAAUGGUCGGCUCAUGUCAAGUCGAAUCGAUGAUAAGAUCGGUACCGUCGAUAAAAUGGCUAAAGAUGAUAAAAAAAAUGUAUUAGAUCGCCUAAUUUCGUGCACUUGACGAGUUCGUCCCGCUCUGUAUCGCACGCGUGAUUUUUCUUCCUACGCAACAACGUCCCGGCGAAUGUAUCUAUGAAGUUGGCACGACAUUCUUUAAAUUUUAAAAAGACAAUGACAGUUCUAGUAGGACUCUUCAUAGUUCUAGAGUUCCUGAUAGAAAAUAAAAAGAGUCCCGCAUUUUUAAUACCAAAAAAUAGCAAAUGAAAAAUUGUCGUGCUAACUUCGCGAAUCUAACACUUCUUCCUCUAAUCUAUAAGAAAUCAAUAAAUAUCAGUGCUUUUAGCAGGAGUUCCCGUUCGUUCUAAUCGAGUUCCAUCUCUGUAUGUAAUUCAAAUAAAAAAAACUUCAAUAA